GGUAAUGUACCUUCUACUCCCCCAAUAUUUGUUGCAUUGUACAUCAUAUUGUAAGUUUGAAUGUCAAUUACUUUGCUUGUUUAAGGCCAAGGUUGUUCUAUUGCUUGUUGCCAACAAGAAAGAAAUGGUUGCUGUAGACUUGAACAUGUACAGUUUUGUCAUGCCAGACGUACCAUGCCAACCAAAUGACAAUGACUGCGGCGUUUUUAUUAUGAAAUUCAUGGACAACUGGUCCAAUGGGGGACUCUCCAAAUCCAUCGAUGUGGCCAAGAUUAAGAAGUAUAGAUUGAAGCUACUGGGCAGAUUAUUGCUUUCAUCACAGAAUGCACAUCGGCAUCGAUUUAUGGCAGUUUGAGUUACACUUUUCAAUAGGAUGUGACGAGGAUUUGUA